CCUUUCCCCCCAACUCAGCGGCUAACGCUGAAAGAGGUUUUUGAGGAUGGGAAGCCCCGGUUAGAGAUCUUAAAAAACCAUUUGGUGAAAGAAGGGCGCCUGGAAGAGGACGCAGCACUGAAGAUAAUCAACGAUGGAGCUGCCAUCUUGAAACAUGAGAAGACAAUGAUUGAAGUCGAAGCUCCAAUCACAGUGUGUGGUGACAUUCAUGGACAGUUCUUUGACCUGAUGAAAUUGUUUGAAGUUGGUGGAUCACCCAAUAACACACGCUACCUCUUCCUGGGAGACUACGUGGACAGAGGCUACUUCAGUAUAGAGUGUGUGCUAUAUUUAUGGAGUUUAAAGAUAAACUUCCCCAAAACACUUUUCCUGCUCCGAGGGAACCAUGAGUGCAGGCAUCUCACAGAAUAUUUCACCUUCAAACAAGAGUGUCGAAUCAAGUACUCAGAGCAGGUCUAUGAUGCGUGCAUGGAUACGUUCGACUGUCUUCCUCUUGCGGCCCUCUUGAAUCAACAAUUUCUGUGCGUGCACGGAGGGCUGUCUCCUGAAAUCACGUGUCUAGAUGACAUUAGGAGAUUAGAUAGGUUUAAGGAGCCUCCAGCCUUUGGUCCAAUGUGUGACCUACUGUGGUCCGAUCCAUCGGAAGAUUACGGCAAUGAGAAGACCUUGGAGCACUUUACUCACAACACUGUUCGAGGUUGCUCCUAUUUCUACAGUUACCCUGCAAUUUGUGAAUUUUUGCAAAACAACAAUUUGUUAUCCGUGAUUCGAGCGCACGAAGCCCAGGAUGCAGGGUACCGAAUGUACAGAAAGAGCCAAACCACAGGUUUUCCAUCGCUCAUCACCAUCUUUUCGGCACCAAAUUACCUAGACGUCUAUAACAACAAGGCUGCUGUUUUAAAAUAUGAAAAUAACGUCAUGAAUAUCAGACAGUUCAACUGCUCCCCGCACCCGUACUGGCUUCCAAAUUUCAUGGAUGUUUUCACAUGGUCUCUGCCUUUUGUGGGAGAAAAGGUUACAGAGAUGCUGGUUAACAUCCUCAACAUCUGCUCCGAUGAUGAGCUGAUUUCAGACGGAGAUGAAAUAUUGGACGGAGGCACAAAUGCCCGUAAAGAGAUCAUCAGGAAUAAGAUCAGGGCCAUUGGGAAGAUGGCACGAGUCUUUUCCGUUCUUCGAGAGGAGAGUGAGAGCGUGCUGACGCUCAAAGGCCUGACCCCCACAGGCACCCUGCCCAUGGGGGUCCUCUCAGGGGGGAAGCAGACUCUACAGACAGCCACAGUAGAAGCAGUAGAGGCACGGGAAG